AGGAUGCAGAAAGCGUUGUUCAAGCUGUAGAUGUUGGUGCUCCUGAAUCUGGGAGCCUUUGGCAGCGCAAAUGCAGGCCAUCAACCGGGUGCUUCGACAAGGGGUAAGGCCUUCUUCCUCUUCUCGGAGUACCAUCCCGAUCGUUUUGCCGGACUGGUGUGAGAAAGGAACAAGUCUAGUGUACAUAUCAAAAAGCAACGGGCAAGCCCAUACCGUCACAGUAGAAAAGAUAGAGGAGAGACAGCAGAUGGUUGUCAUUCGCUUCGACUCCAACCGGAAAGUUUGGAAACGCGUUCCGUUCGUAGAGGUUCGAAAGUUUGGGGAUGGCACCUUGAGGCCGCUGUGGAAGAAGACGGAGGUUUCAACUGUGCCUGAAAGACCGAAAAACUACGUGGAUGUGGACGAUAGCGAUGAGGUCCCCUCAGCAAAAUCGUCGGUGGUGGACGCUGAGCCAAGCCCGGAAGUGGUGGCAAGUCCCAACGAGGUUCUCGAACCUUCCAAAAAGAGGCCGGCAGAAACGACGCUGGCUGAGGAGAAGAAGGAAUCGAAGCCAAAGAAGAGAAAAUGAGGUCACAAGUCGACAUGGAGAAAUACAUCGCGGUGGAAAUGGAUGCGAUUUGGGCCUGUCCAAAUUAUAGUGAAAAAA